AUGAACACCGAGAAGCAGUAUGGCGUCACGCCGCCCCUAUCGACAGAGAUGCCGACCGAGGAGCAGCGCCGCCAGACCGACGCGCUGCUGGAAGAGCUGCGACAGCAGGGAACGUUUGAGAGCACGGCCGAGACGCAGAAACGCUUCAAGGUGCUCGAGUCGCUCCGCAUGGUUGCCGACGCAUUUGUGAAACGCGUCGCGAAAGAGAAGGCGCCAGACAACCCGACGCUCUUCCGGGAUGCGUGUGCCAAGAUCUUCACGUACGGCAGCUUCAGGCUGGGCGUCUACAUGCCCGGCUCCGACAUUGACACACUGGUGGUCGCGCCCAAGUACGUAUCCCGCGAGGACUACUUCAACUACUUCCCCGAGAUGCUGCAGGCCAUGACGCCGCCAGGCUCCAUCACCGACUUGACCCCUGUCGAGGACGCGUUUGUGCCCAUCAUCAAGUUCGAGUACAACGGCAUCAGCAUCGAUCUCAUCUUCUCGCGUGUCCUCCUGACCCAGCUGCCGUCCGAUGACAAAUGGGGCUUGAAGGACUCUAACCUGCUGCGCGGCCUCGACGAGGCCGAGCUGCGCUCCGUCAACGGCACCCGUGUCACCGACGAGAUCCUGAGCCUCGUGCCCGAACAGCGCACCUUCCGCGAUGCCCUGCGCGCCAUCAAGCUGUGGGCCCAGCGUCGCGCCAUCUACGCCAACAUUGUCGGCUUCCCCGGCGGCGUCGCCUGGGCCAUGAUGGUGGCCCGCGUCUGCCAGCUGUACCCCAAGGCCACCGGCGCCGUCAUCGUGUCCAAGUUCUUCGGCAUCAUCCUCCGCUGGCCGUGGCCGAACCCGGUCCUGCUGAAGCCCAUCGAGGACGGCCCGCUGCCAGUGCGCGUGUGGAAUCCCAAAGUCUACCGCGGCGACCAGUUCCACAUCAUGCCCAUCAUCACCCCGGCGUAUCCGUCCAUGUGUGCGACGUACAACAUCUCGCAGUCGUCGCUGUCCAUCAUCAAACGCGAGCUCGAGCGCGCCUCCGAGAUCUCGCAGAUGAUCAUCUCCGGCCGCCAGCAGUGGAAGGACCUGUUCGUCAAGCACACCUUCUUCACGUCCGACUACAAGUACUACAUCUCCGUCAUCUCGGCCAGCACCGAGAAAGACGCUCAGAACACCUGGUCGGGCUUUGUCGAGUCCAAGGUGCGCGUCCUCGUCCAGGGCUUGGAACGUCACGAGUCUAUCGCGCUCGCGCGGGCCUUCAACAAGGGAUACGAGCGCACGCACAUGUGCAAGAACCAGGCCGACAUCGAUGCUGUCCAGAACGGGAGCCUCGAUUUCAUGGUCCACAAGUCGGACGAAGCCAGGACUGGUGAUGGUGCCGAUGGUGCCGCCCCAAAAGAUGCCGCAAACUCGGCCGACGCCAUCGAAGUGUUCACAUUGACGCACUACAUCGGCAUCGAGCUGGUGGAAGGAGCCAAGUCGCUCGAUCUCUCUUUUCAGGUGGAUGAGUUCAAAGAGCUCUGCUUUGGCUGGGAUAAGUACAAGGGAAAGCUGUCGGACGUCGCCACUCUGAGCAUUCAGCACGUGCGAAACGUUACUCUUCCAGAUGACGUUUUUGAACCCGGAGAGGUGAAGCCCGUACGCCCGACUAAAGGUCUUCGGCAAGGUCGCCGAAACCCGGCUGCAGUUGCAGCCAACGGAAACAAGAAGCGCAUCGCGUCAGAAGACAACUCGUCAAACGCGCCGCCACCGAAACGACAGCAGCCACAUGCAACCCAGCAACAGUCUACGGCCAUUUCUGCCACGGCAGCAGGCUGA